AAACAAUUAGUCAAAUUUGUGAUUUUCCAUGGAACCGCGUACUUGUUGUAUCGCCGCCUGUCCGUUCAUGUCCUGAGCACCAUGCGAAACCGUCCGAAUAUUCUCGUGACGGGAACCCCAGGCGUGGGCAAAACAACAUUCUGUCGCCAACUUGCCCUGGAGACGGGUAUGGAACAUGUGAAUGUGGGGCAGCUUAUUAAAGAUGAGCGCUUGUUCACUGAAUGGGAUGACGAAAAAAACUGUAGCAUCUUCGAUGAAGACUUGGUUGUGAAUAAGCUUGAGGAUAUCGUCAGUGAUGGCAAUAAAAUUGUCGACUUCCACUCGUGCGACUUCAUGCCCGACGAGUGGUUUGACUUAGUCUACGUCCUACGUGCCGAUACUGCAGUCCUGUACGACCGCCUAGAAAAACGCCAUUAUAAGGAGGAAAAGAUAAGAGAAAACGUGGAAUGCGAAAUCUUCAGAGUGUUGCUUGACGAAGCGAUCGAGGCUUUUGGUGAGGACAAAGUGAAGGAGCUGCAAAGCAAUAAUUUCACCGAUCUGUCUGACAAUGUUUCCGCAGUUAUGACUUCCGUGAAUGAAUGGUCUUCUCAAUGAACAAGAGUUCACCCAGUAGCUAUGUCAAGGUCCCCGAAUCUGACUUCUUGUGCUUAUUCGAAUUGGAAUUUUUUGUGUCGAAUGGCAAACAGUCCACGUCAGCUGUUCCACUAGUUCAUUAUUUGUAGUGUUUUGUGCUUUCAAGGCUCAUUCUCCUCAUAAACUGUGUUGCUUCUAAGACUGUUCGUGCUUGCCGUUUGUUUAAGAAAACUGCGAAGAUGAAAACCGCCGUUGGAUCUGUACAGCAGAGCUGUUGUAUACCGUUGCUUCCUUGACAAGAAUCGCCCGCGAAUGUCGAAACGGUCUGCCAUGAAGUUGUCACAUCAUUCAGCCUCAACAACGCACAAGACAUUACGCCUGCUCCUUCACGAAAACUUCCAUGAUCCAGGCGACAAGCGACUGCUUGUUUCUUUCACGGGUGUCAAGAAAAACAGCCGGAAAUCUUCCCGAGUCGACAGUGAACCUAACCCAUCAUCGGCAACGUCCAACUCCUCGAUGCGCUGCUUGAACGCUUCAAACUGCUCUACAGCCCUGCAACAAAAAACGCAGACCCAGAUCAACGGAAUCUACUGAAUCGUAAUCAAGUUCUAGUCACUUCGUCACUGUUGGCACUGCAAGGCGCUAGAGCGUAUUUAUGCAC